AUGCGUUUUACAGCUCCGUCAUCCCUACUUAACGAAAUCCGUCGGGGCCAGUUUGAUAGGUGUUCACCCUACCUCACUGAACCGUUUUCGAAGUCGCUGAGUCUCGCUGAUCCUCGGAAAAUAUCCAUCCAGCGCCGCUUUUCUCUCCCCCAGCGCCUCAUUCUUCCACCCACGUGCAUUCUUCCACUCACGCUCGCCCACGUGGUCCCACGUGAUCUGUUCAGCCGGCACACGAAUUCUCUUCCGCUAAACCACGCACUUCAUCCGCCUCCGCCGUUUACCACCAUGGCGGCGCCCAUUGCGAGGCUUGGACGGCGCGUCGUUUCGCGCGCAGCGCCGUGGCUGGCGGAGACUUCCCCGCUUGGCGGCGCCAGCUCCGUCGCGCGACGGUUUUCGAGCGUCGCAGGCGGCUCUGCGACGUCGGAGAGCCAUGCGACGUCGAGCGAGCUGAUUACUAUGGAGGAGAAGAGCAGCGCACACAACUACCACCCGCUGCCUGUGGUGUUCGCGGAGGCGCACGGCGCGCGCAUCACGGACCCCGAGGGGCGCGAGUACCUGGACUUCCUCUCCGCCUACUCCGCCGUCAACCAGGGCCAUGGCAACGCGCGCAUCCUGGCGGCGCUGCAGCAGCAGGCGGAGCGGUGCACGCUGUCGUCGCGCGCCUUCCACAACGACCGCUUCCCGCUGUUGGCGCGGCGCAUCACGGCGCUGAUGGGGUACGAGCGGGUGCUGCCCAUGAACACGGGCGCCGAGGCCGUGGAGACCGCGCUCAAGGUGGCGCGCAAGUGGGCGUACGAGAAGAAGGGCGUACCUGCUAAUGAGGCGCUGGUGAUAUCAUGCUGUGGGUGUUUCCACGGGCGCACCAUGGCGGCCAUCAGCAUGUCGUGUGACAACGACGCCACGCGUGGCUUCGGCCCGCUGCUGCCCGGCAACCUCAAGGUGGACUUCGGGGACGUCGACGGGCUGCAGCGCCUGCUGGAGGAGCACGGCCCGCGAGUGGCGGCGUUCAUAGUGGAGCCGAUUCAGGGCGAGGCGGGCGUGGUGGUGCCGCCAGAGGGGUACCUGCGCGCCGUGCGGCAGCUGUGCAGCGAGCACCGCGUGCUGCUGCUGGCCGAUGAGAUCCAGACAGGCCUCGCCCGCACGGGGAAGAUGCUCGCCUGCGACCAUGAGGGCGUGCGCCCUGACGUGCUCAUCCUGGGCAAGGCGUUGGGAGGGGGAGUGGUGCCGGUGAGCGCAGUGCUGGCAGAUGAUGACGUCAUGGGGUGCAUCCGACCGGGCGAGCACGGCAGCACGUUUGGAGGCAACCCGUUAGCGUCAUCAGUGGCGCUGGCGGCUCUGGCGGAGAUUGAAGAGGGCGGGCUGGCUGACAGGGCGCAGCGGCUGGGGGAGCAGCUGCAGGCGCAGCUGAAGGCAGUGCAGGCGCGGUACCCCCAGCUGAUCCAGGAGGUGCGGGGGCGCGGGCUGCUGGUGGCGGUGCAGGUGGCGGGGGAGGGGCUGCCGGGGGGCGUGACGGCGCUGGACGUGUGUGUGGCCAUGAAGGAGAGGGGCGUGCUGGCCAAGCCCACCCACAACACCAUCAUCCGCCUCGCCCCCCCCUCACCAUCUCGUGCGUGCCCCAUCCGUCCCCCUCAUGCCCUCGCGCAUUUAUGCCCUCCCCAGCACUCUCUACUCUUUCCUCACCACACCCCGAAUAUCCAAUCCCCCUACACACCUUACCCUCCCCACUGGGUGCAUGGCAGGGAGGAGGAGCUGGGGCGGGCAGCAGCAGCACUGGAGGCGGUGUUGGGGGAGGACAUGCCGCGCCUCGUGGCACAGGCUGGUGCUGCUGGUGCCGACAACAAGACCCACUCCAAGCAGCCCUGCGACCGCUGCGGCCGCGUGCGCUGA